CAUAAAAUGGAUAUAGAAAUGAACGGUCCAGAUUCAACCAUGACAGGAAAAUCGAACGACAUAGAGACGACUGAGGACGAGGAAUGAUGUUCAGGGUCUGAUUCGGUUGUGACAAACAAGCAAAAGAAAUAGUUCAAUUCAAUCAAUCGAUCGAUCGAAUUGGGAUUAGGGUUCCUCAUUCGACAGAGAUGAACUACGGCUACACUACAGAAUUUCCGACGGAUCGGCGUCCCCGGAAAAGGGCUAAAUUGGUUUGGGAUCUUCCUCAGGGUCAAACCCUCCCAAAGGCUCAUUCGGGAUGGUAUUGUGGACAAGAGGUUCCUAAUGUGGCAACAAGCAAUGGAGUGCCACGGGUACAACCUGACCAUGCUGGUCUUUUUGUAAAUGGAUAUGCAGAAAAAGGCUCUCCCCAAUGGCGAGAUGAUGACAAAGAUGGACAUUACAUGUUUGCACUUGGAGACAAUUUAACAUCUCGGUAUAAGAUCCUCAGGAAAAUUGGUGAAGGGACUUUUGGUCAGGUUCUAGAAUGCUGGGAUAGAGAAACGAGGGAGCUGGUUGCCAUAAAAGUUGUGCGUAGUAUUAAGAAAUAUCGUGAAGCAGCAAUGUUAGAAGUUGAUGUGCUCCAAUUGGUUGGGAAGUAUGACAAGAAUGGCAGCCGCUGUGUUCAAAUACGCAACUGGUUUGACUACCGUAACCAUAUUUGCAUUGUAUUUGAGAUGCUUGGACCAAGCUUAUAUGAUUUUCUUCGGAAGAACAAUUAUCGCCCAUUUCCGGUUGAUCUUGUCCGUGAGCUUGGCAGGCAACUGUUGGAAUGUGUAGCAUUCAUGCAUGAUUUGCGCCUCAUCCACACAGACUUGAAGCCUGAAAAUAUACUUUUUAUUUCCUCAGAAUAUGUAGUUCCUGACUACAAGGUUACAUUCCGGUCACCAAAAGAUCCCAUCUCUUUUAAGAGACUGCCAAAGUCAAGUGCUAUUAAGGUUAUCGACUUUGGUAGUACGGCCUAUGAGCACCAAGGUCACAACUAUAUUGUCUCUACUAGGCAUUAUCGGGCACCUGAGGUUAUUCUCGGACUUGGGUGGAGUUCUCCUUGUGACAUAUGGAGUGUUGGAUGCAUUUUGAUGGAGUUGUGCUCGGGAGAAGCUUUGUUUCAGACGCAUGAGAAUUUGGAGCACCUAGCCAUGAUGGAGAGGGUUUUAGGCCCUUUACCACAGCACAUGUUGAAAAGAGCAGACCGGCUUGGAGAGAAGUAUGUCAGAAGGGGUAGACUGAACUGGCCUGAAGGAGCAGUCUCUCGAGAAAGCAUCAAGGCAGUCUUGAAACUGCCUCGUCUUCCUAAUCUGGUGAUGCAGCAUGUGGAUCACUCUGCUGGGGAUCUUCUUGAUCUCUUGCAGGGCCUUCUUCGAUUUGAUCCCUUCUGCAGGCUAAAGGCCCACGAAGCGCUCAGGCAUCCCUUUUUUACCAGGGAGCAUUACCAGAGAUUUUAAUAUAGGGUGCGUUUCCCCUGCCGGGAAUGGAUUGACGUCCAUUACUGCUGAUAUUUGCCUGGUUGUUGUAUAUUUUGCUAUAGUGAAUUGUAAUGUCUUGUAAGGGUUCUGAGUGGUGGUUCUCUUUUCUUGAUAUCAUCAUGUCAAGUGUGGGGGUUUAUUUUCCCCUUUUGAUACCUAGGUUUUGUAGAUAUUUUUUGUGUGGAGGAUCUUUUUCCAUCUCCAAUUUUGUACGAUGGAAGUGUAAUGAGAAGCGUUUUACUUAUGAUACAACUCUUGCUUUGA